CAGUCUUCAUGGAGACCUUUGUGUUUACGUUGCGGCUGCAGCAGCUGCGUUGCAGUGCUCUGGUAUUCCGUCUGCAGACCCAUCACCCCAGGAAGAGAACGGUGGCAGAGUGUGUCCUCUGCCUCAGACAGCUGGGCCCUGAGGAGACACAGCACUGGAUGGAGCUCAGCCCCCCCUCCAAGACCACAGUGUGUCACGCUGAGCUGCACCUGGCCACCUGUUUCCAGCCGGUUAACGGACGCAUCCAACUGCAGGUCCUCGCUGCCCAGAACCUCCCAGCUCCACUCAGCCAGGCGUUCUUUGUGAAGAUAUUGAUGCAGCUGCAGGGCACGGUGGUGAUGAAGAAGAAGACUCACACCCUAAAGUCCUCCGGAGGUCAGCUGACCUGGACUGAGUCUUUCUACUUCCCCUUCGCUUUGGACCAGGGCUUCCUGCUGUCAGUCAAACUCUACAGCCGCAGUUCUGUCAGACGGAAACACUACCUCGGACAGGUUCACCUUGGCUUCGACAGCCCAACACAGGAAGCAGCAGAGCAGUGGAGGGACAGCAUUUCUCACCCUGAGACGAUGGUGGCUGUAUGGCACAGACUCGACGGAUUCUGACACACCUGUAUAAAUUCACACAGUGUCCCAAAGGAGUUGACAGCCUCACCUGUAUCGCCACCUGUACUGCCACCUAGUGGUAUAAAGUACUUCAGUAAAAAUACUUUAGUAGUUUUUGGAGGUAUCUGUACUUUAUUUUACUAUUUAUAUGUUUGCCAACUUUUAAUUUGACUUCACUACAUUCCUAAAGUAAAUAAUGACCUUGUAUUAUUUUGUAGAUAAAGUAUGUAGAUUACACAUUUAUGUUGCAUAGACUUGUUUUGUGUAGUGCCAUAUGUUGUAUGUUCAGUUGAUAUAAUAUAAUAUUUUGGAGGACAGUUAUUUGGCAGCAGGGUAGCCUAGUGGUUAGAGCAUUGGGCCAGUAACCGAAAGGUUGCAAGUUCGAAUCCCGAGCUGACAAGGUAGAAGGAAAUCUGUUGUUCUGCCCCCUGAACAAGACAGUUAACCCACUGUUCCCCGGUCUUUGUAAAUAAGAAUUUGUUCUUAACUGACUUAAAUAAUGGUAUAAUAAAAAUAUAAAGCAGUCAUGAAGUUCUGUUGCAUGAA